UGGGGAUAGACGCCGCUCUAGGACCUGAGCUGCCUCUUACCAUCGUUGGGAGAACAUCUCACUGCCAAUCUCAUGUUGCUGUGGCCACUGCUUCUGCUCCUCACUGCUGCGGGUGUGCAGUCUGACUGGCUGAGCAUUGACAUGCCCAGCUACGCCUAUGAAGGAGACGAGGUGGUUGUGAAGUGCUCUGGGGAAAGGAAUAACAGAAUAAGGACACUGACGUACUACAAGGAUGGAUCCCUGUUAGCCACUUACCACAAUCUCUCGAGCUAUAUCAUUUCCAACGCAAGACCCAGCGACAGCGGCUCUUAUUCCUGUGAGGCGGACAGAAUAUUCUUCUUUGUAUAUAAGACAGAAAAAACAAGAUCUGUAUGGCUUACUGUCCAGGACCUGUUUCCACCCCCCACACUGACAAUCCGGCCCAUUGAGGGGAGCUCAGUGACCGUGUCCUGUGACACCUGGCUUCCCUGGAACAGGUCAGACACGCAGCUUCACUACUCCUUCUUCAGGGAUGACCACACCCUGAUAUCAAACGGGAGCUCAUCAGAGUUUCAGAUCCCGGCCAUAGGGAAGGGGGACUCGGGAUACUACUGGUGUGAGGUGGCUACAACGUCCCACAGCGUCUUGAAGCAAGGUCAGCGGUCCCACGUGCUCGUGCAGAGGGUCCCAGUAUCCGGAGUGCUCCUGGAAACCCAGCCCCAGGGGGGCCAGGCGCUUGCAGGGGAGCCUCUGGUCCUCGUGUGUUCCGUGGCUGAAGGCACAGGGGACAUAGCAUUCUCCUGGCACAGAGAGGACACGGGGGAGCAUCUGGGGAGGAAGCAGCAGCGUUCCCAGAGAGCAGAGCUGGAGAUCCCUGCUGUCGGGGAGAGCCACAUGGGGCGCUACUACUGCACGGCCGACAACGGCCACGGCCUCGCCCGCAGCGGAGCCCUGAACGUCACUGUCAGAGCCCCAGCAUCCCGCCCCGUCCUCACCCUCAGGGUGCCCGGGACUCGGGCCGUGGUGGGGGACGUGAUGGAGCUUCACUGCGAGGCCCACAGGGGCUCUCCCCCGAUCCUGUACCGGUUUUAUUACGACGAUGUGUUCCUGGGGAGCCGCUCGGCCACCUCUGGAGGAGGAGCAUCCUUCAAACUCUUUCUGACUGCAGAACAUUCCGGAAACUACUCAUGUGAGGCUGACAACGGCCUGGGGGCCCAGCGCAGCGAGGCUAUAACACUCAGCGUCACAGAGCCCCCACCCAAAAUCCGCUUGAUAAAUGGUCCCCACCGCUGUGAAGGGCUGGUGCAGGUGGAACGGGAAGGUCACUGGGGCACUGUGUGUGAUGACGGCUGGGACACGAAGGACGUGGCUGUGGUGUGCCGGGAGCUGGGCUGUGGAGCGGCCAAGCACACGCCCCCGGGCAAGCUGUACCCGCCGCUGCCAGAGGAGGACCAGCCCAUAUUUAUUCAAGUGGCCCUGUGCAACGGGACCGAGAACACGCUGGCUGAAUGUGAGCAGAUUGAGAUGUUUGACUGUGAGCACAGCGAGGAUGCAGGAGCAGUGUGUGAAGCAUUCUUGCCCCAUUUUACUUGAAGACCACAGGCCUCAGCUUCUCUCCCCUGAGGCCUUACAUGCCAGGUGGGCCUGAACCCUUCACCUGUGACUCCCACGGCCCCUCAGCAGGACUACACCAGCGCCUCAACCCACCUGUAUUUGGGGCCACACCCAGCUCCCAAAGGAGCCAAAUUUGGUGACACCCUGGCCCAGACCCUGCAUGUUCCAGCCUCUUCUCAGGGAUCUUUGGGAAGUUCCAGUGCUGUCUCCUUGGAGAGCUGUGGCAUCUCCUGAGGACAGGACAAACCAGGAAUGAAUUGAGAUGGGCCCUGCAUCUGCUAGAAAUGUGGGCAUGUAAAACAGACAAAAUAAAAGAAAAU